AUGAAGUCACAACAUCGAACAGUUAUUGCAUCCAAUAUCACGUCUAUUAUUUUCGAUCAACUUUAUAUCGAUUAUGCAGAUACUCUAUCGUGCCCAUGUUCGCAAGUUACUGUACCUUAUGGUGAUUUUGUUAAUCACACAAUAACAUUUCAUUCUGUUUGUGAGAGUAUUUUUGUCAGUGAACAAUGGAUCCAUGCAUUGUACUCGGAAAAUGCAAGUAGAUAUGGAGUACAAGAUUUUCGAACGACAGCUGCUUCUCAGUUUCGACUUAUGGCUAGUCUCUGUUCAUUGUCUCAAGAUGCGAUCUUUCAAAAUCAAAUUGAUUUUGAUAAUGAUAGUUUUAUCAACAGUUAUCUUCUUCGUGAAAUUGAAGUUCAAUAUAGAGUGAAUGUUACCAUUCAAUUUUUCAGGAGCAGUGCAUCUACUCAAAUGAUGUCAUUUCUGGAAUACAUUACAGCUACAAAUCGGGCUAACUACGUAGUUUCGGCUCUCAAUUCAAAUUUCCUUUUGAUAAUUGGUACAUAUAAGAAUCCGCCCGAUCUUCUAAGUACAGAAGUGCCAUAUAAUGAGCAUAAGAAAAGUAUUAAUGAGUAUUGGGACGCAGACUCAAUGGGCUGUAGUAAUACAAAUCCAACAACUGCAUCUGGCAUUUUCUCAUUGUUACAGGUAGAAAGAUAUUAUUUACACUUAGAAUGGUAUGAACCUAAACCAAAUUCAAUACUGAUCAAUGGAUUCUUUGCGGGAUGUGUUCCUCUUGAUGCUCUUCUUCGAAGUACACUCGAUUGUUUAUAUAGUACUGAAUGUCUUCGAUUACUGGUGGACAAAUUUCCAGCUAUUACUAAAAUGAAUAUUAACUGGACCAAUUCAGUUCUGCCUUUAGAACAAAAUGAUACAUCUGUAAAUGACCAUUUACAUAAUCUAUUUAUCAAAGAAUGGUCUGCGAAAAUAAAUCAUGAAAAUUAUUUUAAUAAAUGUGCUCCUGCAUUCUGUACAUACAUUGGCGACGAACAAAUUAAUUUUUCUUAUGCAGCUACUCGAUUCAUUAGUCUUUAUGGUGGUCUUAUUAUCAUCCUUCGGCUAAUUGCACCAUUCUUAAUUAAUGUUGGUUUCACACUAAAAUCUUAUUCCACAAACGGGAAUAACUAUCAAGUUCCUUCUGUGAUGGCACGUGUACGUAAAUUUGGUCGAUUUACGAAACGUUUAAAUUUGUUCAAGGAUGCUAAUCAACGAACAGAACACACUAGGAGACAACAAAAAAUUACUACACAUGUCUACUUAGCCUCAUUAACUGGUUCGUUUCUGAUUCUUAUUAUUUACUCAUCAUGGAGUAUUGAAAUGAUAACAAGAACUGAACCAUACCCGCCAUUAUCUACUUAUAAUGACUUACAAAUUAUAUAUUCUGAAACAUUGAAAUGUCCAUGUUCUAAUAACAUAAUACCUUACGAGAAAUUUGUUUCAUUGUCUGCAGUUCUACAUCAAAUAUGCUUAAGUGAUCUUGUUACAAAUCAAUGGAUUUCAUUAUUGAAACAAGUCAAAACUUCAUUAAAAUCUCCAGAUUGGCGGAAUAUAGCUUCUUCACAGUUUCAAUUAUUAGCUGAUUACUGUAAGUUGACUAAUACAACGAUCAACGACACUGUUUAUCGUUUUCUUUUACAACCUUUCGUUGCUUCAAACAUAUUGACUGAAUCUGAAUUUAAUAAACAAUUGAAUGCAACUCUAGAGCAUUUUUUUCGAUCGACAAUUGAUUAUUUUGAUAUUUUUCUCAAAACAGAACAAAUUCUUACUAAAGUCGAUCAACCUUUUUUUGGACCAAUUACAAGUGAUGAGCCAUUGGUUGAAAACCAUAAUCCAGUCUUAAUACAAACACAAAAUGGAACGACAAAUGUGAGUAUACUAUAG